UGUUCGACGCGGGUGAGACAAGCAGUUUCCAAGACCGGGCUGAUUGGUGCCCUGCUCAAGCUGGUCCAACAGCCAUCCGAGAAACAAGCUUGUUAUGAGCCUCCCAAUCCGUCAUCGCCUCCAGACCCAUCCAACGCCAACGAUACGCAUGACGGCGGGCACAGCGCGAGUCAACGGGCGACACACAAGGCAGAGGUGUUGGCGAGCAACAUGCUGGUCAGACUAGCAACUCAGAUGGAGUGGGAGAGCGACAAGACUCCUUUGUUCGAUGAAGUUGCGGGAAGAUUAUGCAGUUGCAUUAUCGACGAUCCGACGGGCCCGGAAGCUGAACGUGCAGCAGUUCUUCUUGCAGUAUUGGCCAACACUCUCGGAAACACUUUAGCUUACAUGAGGCUCUAUGAAACUUCGGCUGAGACGAUGCCUCUCCGGUUGGAACAAGUUCGAAUCGAUCUUCGCAGAAUGUCCACAGAUUUGAUGAUGAACAGAAGUUCACAAUCAUUGAUGCAAACUAAAUCCCAGCACUUCAUGCAACUAGCGGUACCGGCAUUGUCGGCUUUACUUGUCGCAGAUUCAUCUGAGACUGCCAAGUCAGCUGCAGCGCUUUGUAUUGCUCUUCUGUGCCUACAGCGACCCAACAUUUGCAUCCCCCGGGCCGUCAUCGAGAGCAUCGUCAAGAUGCUUCACGCGUCAGACUGGGCGUUUGCGAAUGCAGCUGAGGCUCUGGCGGCCAUCGGGGGGUCGCGAUCGUUGGAGCGAGUUCUGCAUGACCAAGGAGUCGUAGAGACGCUCAUCCUCAAGAUCCGCACCGGGUCGAACGAGUGCAAGGCAAGUGCUGCUUCAGCACUUGAAUGCUUAGUCAGACGGCGUCGAUUCUUUCGAGAAUGCUGCAAGCGGGCGGGAGCCGUAGAAGUGCUUCAUGAGCUUGAGAGCAGCGGACAAGCUUCGGUCCGGGAAGCAGCCUCGUCAGCCCUGAUGUCGUUGAAUCAAUCCUUCUUGGACGACCUUCUAGCAGCCUGCUCUUCAACGGGAUACUUCUUCCUCGUCGUUUUCUGCUUCUUUGUGCAGCUCGGGGGAGUUCACGCGGUGAUCGACCUAAUCGAGAUCUUCUCGGAUAUUCUUCACGUCUUGUCUAAGAUCACAGCAGUCCGGAAACAGCUUCAUUCUCCUACCGCUGCUGCCAUUGUGUGGGAUUUCAUCGUGAAUGACCCUGUAG